AUGCCAGAUAAACCAUCGUUUCAAGUCAUUGUUUUGGGUCCGACCGGUGGUCCUCGCGAAGACAACGUGACGGGUAUUCUGGUGCGGUCAAUAUCAACAAAAUGGACACCAAACUCGGUGGUCGCCGUCGACGCAGGUACAAUGCUUGCCGGCAUCAUUCGACUUCUGGACAAAUACAUCCCCGGGUCGAAGGACGAAGAAGGCAUUUUGCAAGAUGGGCCCUUCAAAGGCCUAGAAAUGCCACAUGAAACGGCACAAGCUAAUGCGGCAUAUGUCUUUCGGGAAAUUAUCGGGGCUGUUCUCAUUACACAUCCCCACCUGGACCACAUCUCGGGUCUGGCGAUCAACACGCCGAUCCUGGAGGCGGGAAGUGGGCCGAAACCCGUCGCCGCUUUGCCGUCCGUAUUAUCGGCGCUUAAGAAUCACAUGUUUAACGAUGUUAUCUGGCCAAAUUUGUCGGAUGAAGAUGGUGGUGCCGGUCUCCUCACUUACCAACGUCUGGUGGAGGGUGGAAACCCAAGAUUCGGAAAUGGAGAGGCGAGAGGCUACGUUCGCGCCUGUAACGGGCUGCUGACCAAGUGUUUGAGCGUCAGUCACGGGCGAUGCAAGCAACGAUUCCAUCCAGAGAGCGCAGCUCACCAUCGUGUUGGGAGUGCCGUCUUUGGCGAUCAGUUGAUGCUGCCCUCUCGUGCUAUAUCCGUCGAUAAUACGGAUGGAAGCUUCUAUUCACCCGCCCGGUCCCCUCGUAUUCUCCCUAAUAACCCAAAGGAAUCUAUUAUGGCCACAGUCGAAAGCUCCGCCUUCUUUCUCCGCGACCACCGCACCGGACACGAGAUUAUCGUCUUCGGAGACGUCGAGCCAGACUCAGUAGCCCAAGAACCGCAAAACAAACGUGUCUGGGAAACAGCAGCUCCAAAAGUUGCCUCUGGGAUCCUCCGUGCCAUUUUCAUCGAAUGCUCCUACACAGACGCCGUCAACGACGCAUACCUAUACGGCCACUUAUGUCCACGCCACCUAAUCGCAGAACUCAAGGUUCUCGCUAAACAAGUUAUGGACAUCCGCGACGCAAACAACGCAGAUCUAAAACGCAAACGAGACGGCACUGGCUUACCUGAUUCCGGCACGGAAGUGAGCCCACGCACAAAACGAGUCCAGAGCAUCGCUGGCCAAAAAGGUCGGAAAGCCGAUGCAACUUCCGAGCCAAGGGCACACUCUAAUCUACGUGAUUCUGUUGAUUAUAUUUCUGAUGAUCCUAUGGGUCUAGGUUUCAUUGAGGGCGUGGACCCUCUCACUGAAUUUGAGAUCCCCAAUCCUGUCGGCUGGGUUGAUGCAGAUCCCCUUCCUCUAGCUGGGCUACCUGUGUACAUUAUCCACAUCAAGGAAAGCAUGACAGAUGGUCCACCUAUUAGGGAUCAAAUCCUGAAAGAGCUCCAAGCGCAUAGCAAGGAGGCUCAUUUGGGUUGUGAGUUCUUUAUGCCGGAUCCAGCUGAGGGGAUUUGGAUUUGA